GGGUCCCACGUUAACACGAGCCAUAGUCAGAGAGAGAUUAACCCACGUAAACUACUUUAUCUCUCUCCCUAUACACCACCCUUCUCUCCCCUCUCUCUCCCGCUGCGCCUCCUUUCACGUUGACCUUCGACCGCACCGACGAGCUGAAGCUUUUCUCUUUGGGUCAGAACCUCACGAAGACCGCCCGGAUUGUUCAUCGAGACGCGUCUCCUCUCCGACUCAACGUUUUGCCGGCCUGAAGCCAUGGAGGAAGAGGGCAGGUUGUGGCGGCAGUGUGCCGCGUGGCUGGUGGCCUGCAGGGUUCUACCCCCCAGCCACCGUGCCGUGCAGGAUGACUCGCAGGUGUUCGAGCUCGCCCAGGUGCUGCGGGACGGGGUCCUCCUCUGCCAGCUGCUCAACAACGUCGAGCCGGGCAGCCUGCCCCUCAAGGAGAUCAACCUCCGUCCGCAGAUGUCCCAGUUCCUGUGCUUGAGGAACAUCCGCAUGUUCAUCAACACCUGCGUCAACAGAUUCGGGAUGCACCACGCUGAGCUCUUUGACCCGUUCGACCUCUUCGAAGUGCGGGAUUUCGCAAAGGUGAUCAACGCACUCUCCAAGCUCUCGUACUCUGCUGUGGUGCAGAAAAAAGGCAUCGGUGGAUUUCCCAGCCAGGACCUGGAAGAUGACGAAGACAUCUAUCACAGCCUGGAGGAGAUGGCCGAUGAGUACGACUUGGAUGAAGAAGAUGACAUUUACGACUUGCCGGGCGACGAGGAGUGCGACGAGCUGUAUGAGGACAUCAUGAAGUCGGAGGUGAUGAGGCCGAUCCUUCCGCCAGGCCAGAUGAGGGACGAGGACCGGAGGAACUGCUGCCUGAACGAAAUCAGCGAGACGGAGCGGCGCUACACGGACACGCUGGAGACCAUCGAGAAGCACUUCAUGCAGCCGCUGAAGAGAUUGCUCACGAGCAAGGAUAUCGAUGCCAUCUUCAGCAACAUGGAGGAGCUGCUGAGGCUGCACCGGUCGUUCUGCACCGAAAUUCAGCACAACAUCUUGCAGCGCGGAGGACAGAACCUGCACCAGAUCUUCAUCAACUACAAGGAGAAGUUUGUCCUCUACGGCCUCUACUGCAGCAAGAUGACGGACGCAUCGGCGUACAUAGACACGCUGACUGCCCGGGAGGAAUACCGCCAAAAGAUAGAGGAGUGCAGCCACCGCGCGAACCAAGGCCGCCACUCGCUCCGGGACCUGCUCGUGUUCCCCAUGCAGCGUGUGCUCAAGUACCCGCUGCUGCUCAAGGAGCUGCUCACCUUCACGACGAACGCAACGGAACGGGAGAACCUCAAGAGAGCCCUCGAUGCCAUGAAGGACGUGGGGCAGUAUGUGAACGAGGUGAAACGCGACAUGGAGACCCUUAAGACCAUAACCAAGAUGCAGAACUCCAUCGAAAAUCUGAACCAGGCACUGUCCAUGUACGGGCGACCCAAGAUCGACGACGAACUGAAGGUGUUGUCGGUAACGGAGCGUCGGAGCAAGCAAGACCGCAACAUCUUCCUGUUCGAUCUCGCCGUCAUCAUCUGCAAGCGGCGAGGGGACACGUUCGAGAUGAAGGAGAUCCUGGACCUGAAGGAGUAUAAGGUGACGGACGACCCCACUCCCAACAAGGAUAACAAAAAGUGGUCGUUUGGCUUCUUCCUGGCUCACCUGCAUGGCCAGAACGGGUUCCAGUUCCACUGCAAGACCGUGGAGCAGAAGAAGAAGUGGAUGGAGCAGUUCGAGAUGGCGCAAUCAAACAUCAAGCCGGAGAAAUGGAAUGGGCAGAACCACGAGUUUGAGAUGCACACGUUCGACCGCUGCACUGAGUGCCGCUCCUGCCACAUGCUGCUGAGGGGAGUGUUCUUCCAGGGCUACCAUUGCCUGCGCUGCGGGGCGAGUGCCCACAAGGAGUGCCUGGGGAACAUGGAUGCCUGCCGCCAACCGCGGCUCACAGAUUCACCUCUCAACACAAUGGACAAGAAUUUCAACGGACCCAGGAGCGCCGCUGCCAGCCCCAUCCCAGACUUGGGUCUGCCCAAGAUGUCGGCGAUCAGCGGCUACUUUGGGAUCCCGUCUCCCCCGGCCGCAUAUCUUCCCGCACUCACGUUCGAGAAGAACGAAAUCAUCGAGCUCAUGAGAGGAGACCCCAAGUCCAACUGGUGGCAGGGUCGCAGUGUGGUUUCUGGGAAGGUUGGGUAUUUCCCUUGCACCUUUGUGGAGCCAGUGCGGCCAAAGAAAGUAGAAAACCACGACUAUGGCGGAUACCCAUGGUUCGCGGAGGUGCUGGAGAGGAGCGCGGCGGGGGACAUCCUCAUGAGCUGUCCGCAUGGGACCUACCUGGUGCGCGGUCGCGUCAGGGACCAGCGCGAGUACGCCAUCAGCAUCCGGCACAACGAGGAGGUGAAGCACAUCAAGAUAGUGGCCAAGGAAGGAAAGUUCCACAUUACCGAGACCAAGCGCUUCAAGAGCCUCGUGCAACUGGUCGAGUACUACCAGGUGCACUCGCUCAAGGAGGGCUUCAGCGCGCUGGACACGAACCUCAAGUACCCGUACAAGGGCUCCAUGCAGUCCGUCUUGCCGCUUCGCCGGAUGCGAGGGCCGGCAGACAAGCCUCAGCCCAUCGGCGUCGGCAUCGCGCGCUACGACUACGUGGCGCGGGACCGCGCCGAGCUCUCCUUCCGCGAGGGAGACGUCGUCAAGAUCUACAGCAAGGGCGUCAACGGCUGGUGGAAGGGAGAGAGCUGCGGACGGUUUGGACUUUUUCCCUUCUCCUACGUGGAAGAAGAAAUGCUCUGAUGUGUGGCGGCCGAUUCUGGGAAAGCAAAUGUAGCUAUCGUGCGGUGUCCCACGAGGCCGCUCCCCUCCAAUUUUUUCUACUUUUUCCCCCGUUGAUGUCGUCCCCUCGUUACGUUUCAAGACCAGCAUUCAACGAGCACCUCCGGCCCGGGUGCGUGGCCGACGUGCCGGUCUCAAGCUAAACGCACUCCGAGAUGCUGUUUUUAUGUACAUUGGUUGUGCACAUUGCGCCGCGGCCCUGCGUGGGUGCAGAGGUGCUCAUCGGCCAAUGAGUAUCGCCGCCCGGGGAGUCGGUGGCGAAGAUGAUCGCCGGCGUCGGAGCGGCGCGCCCUCCGCGGCCACGUACGGCCCGUGUUACUCGGCGGACGCCGAGACGCUCGCGGGGAUUGGACGCGCGGCACGGGAUCGGAGUCGAUCCUUUGCCCCUGACGACCUUCGACAAAUCACACAGACGCGUGCGUCGUACGCGAAACAUGAUCUAUAUAUGAGCGGCGGAAAGGACGAGAACUCUACGUGAAGACUUUUUUUUUCUGCGUGCGUAAAUAUGUAUAUGCCCGUUUUGUAAAUAGCACGAGGGCGCGAGGGAAAGGUGGCGAUGCAAGGGUGGACAUUGUGGUCUGGAAAAUCUGCUAAUUGGAGACAUUUUGCCAUGAUCGGUUCGCGUGAUCCCUGAAAACACUCGUGGCCAUGACUUUCGAUGCAGUGUCAGACACGGAAUUUGAUUCGACAAUUGAAUUGCGACUCGGUUCCUUGCAUCUCAAGGAGGGGGGGAAAUUUAAUAAUGUCACGAGUGGCUUGUAAGUGACGUUAAGCCAUCAUGAUGGUGACAAUUUUGACAUGUUAAUUGUAAAAUUCGCAGGUGAGGUGCGGAGAAAAAAAACAUUAAUUUACAGAACGGUCACGGAUAUGAAGAUCUACUGGCACUGUAGGUUUAGAAGAAACAUUGGCUGUGUCUACACCUGGUUUCAUCUCUUAAGGUGUUUCUACAGGCAUAAGACUUGUUUGGAUUUAAUUCAGGUUCACUAUUUCUGACACACUGCCUUCGACCGUCACCUGUUUCGAGUGUCUAGACUCUUGGUCUUUACAAACUGCACGUAAGUGCCCAUGGAAAUGUCUCCCUUGGCAAUUUUCUCAAUCAGUUUUCCCCUCAUCAGAACACCCCAUCCGGUUUAGAGCCAACUGCAAUCCCAUGACAUUGUGCACACUGCAGCAAAACAUUUCAUGUUGUUAACGUCCCUGGUUGUAAAAAAAUAAAAUAAAAUAUCCACUAAUGGUUUUUGUGUUACUAAUAAUGCAUGAAGCCGAAUGUAUUAAUUUUAACUUUAACUGUUCCUUUUUUAAAAUUGCUACCAUGAAAUUUAAGUAUUAAAUUAUAACACAGACGUUUUGUUUACGUGCGAUUUUACGAAUGUUGUCCCUUUUGCUUAAAGUGUACAUAGUUUCGCGUCUCACAAAGCGACGCUUCUUGUUUUCCUGAAUAAUGUGAGAAGUGCAUUACAGAGAAAUAAAUGUUAACAUAAACGUUUUUUUAAUUUAUAAAUUCUACCAUUUUGUUCCGUAAUCGUUUAAAGUAACGUGUAUAAAGGUAUGCCAGUGUGUUGUUUUAAGGGAAUUCCUUUAAAAUGUCUUGGUUUUUUUUGUUUAAAUGACUCCGUUUUUACAAAGCCCUCUGCCAACUCGCAGUUGUUCACGGAUGUACAAUGGGAACUCCCCCAUCGCUGCCUUCUGCUGGCUGACCACAGCAUGCAUGGGUAUAAUCAGGGCCCAAUUACGUUUGAUGGGGGCCUUUGGCUGGUACAGCUUGGAGAGAGGGUGGAGGGCCCUGUUUUUAUACUCGGUUCAUACCCUCAACUGCUUCACUGCCACCAACGCAUGGGGGCAGCACACAAACCUUUGCUAUUUAUCUCCGUUCUUACGAAUUGUAAGGUAUAGUUCAAUGUUAAAGUGAACAAAACCCUUGGCUUUUGCCCACAUAACUGGUAGUAACAUAGCCAUGCUACUGUGACGGUAUUGCAUUUCACCCGUUAUAAAUCUAACUUUGUGCAUGGAGGCCCCGAGUCUCAGACCCUGGGUAGCAAUCCCUAAAACCCCUGCAUUAAACCAGCUCUGGGUAUCAUGCGAAUAUGAUUUUUUUUAAAUUGUCUACUUCAUUAAUCGCUAACAGCUUUUAGAAUCGCUUCACCUGCCUUCGAAUGUAACUCAUCGGCGUUCAACUGAAGCCCAUGUUUGUACUGAUGCACAUCGAGAUGGAAUGAACUGUACUUUGUACAAACAAAAUUAAAAUGUUUUGUUAAAAGCCA